AUGGACGGCUACGGCACCGUGGCGCACUCGCCCUCCAACUGGCCCCCUGGUGACGACAGUGCGCCGCACGAGCCUCCCGUGGGCGGGCUGUUCUUCAUCUACGUCUCCAGCCUGCCGCCCGUGGGGCCCAAGAGCAUGCGGCGCGUGGUGAUCGCCAACAGCCACCCGCUGUUCGGCGUGGUGGUGCAGAUGGCGCUGGACGCGCAUGCGCGGCAGGCGGACGUCAAGGUGGGCUACCUGGGGGAGUCCAACCUGUGUCCCAACUGCUGGGACUUCGGGAUGCUGCAGGUGAUGGCGGGCUAG